AUGUUCAAAUGGAACGAAUGGCCUCCGUAUCCUACCGGCCCUGAUGCCAGUCCUUUCCCCAUGGCGGUUAUCUGCACUACCGCCUGGCAACAGGCCCCCGUUGAGGUUCUUACCGACGAUGAGGUUCCAGAGGCCGCAGCAAAGCACGCUUCUCAGAAAGGCAAGGCGAGACACGCGUCCAAGACUGGCAGGCAUGAGUCUCACAUUCUCCCAGGGUACUCUGGUGCCUCUGGCAACAUCAACAUCAGCGAUGCCGAGGAGGAGCACCAACCGCCCCCACAUCACACAGACACGUCUACACGGGACCCUCAUGUGUAUCAAAAUUACCAGGACUUCACUGAGCAAAUCACCGGCCAUACCUACAAGUGCCCCUUCGACCUCAGAACUGACAUCCAUGUGCCGUCUCUCGGCACAUUCCUCGACGACUACGUUGAUAGUUUUGGCUAUGAAACUAAGUUCAUUCACAGGGCCUACAAGGUGUCAGAGAGGUCAACGGAUCGAUACGACUUCAUGGCGCGCACAAGUCGCUUUUUAUCCCAGCGCGGGAAGCGAUAUGGUUCUACUCGCAUAUUGAUAAGUUUUCGGGCCCCUUUGCAGCUCCCCUUCGCAGGCGUCGCCUCGUAG